AGCUCUUAUAUUGGCUGAGUUGCUACCCCACACCUGCAUUCAAAAAUGGGUGACAUCCCCGCUCCAUGUUUCUCCUCUAUCUUCCUUCUCUUAUUGCUCUGCUUCUCCUUCAUCGCUUUAAGAAGCUCUCAUGGAGAAAGUCUUCAACUCAGCCACAGUCUCUUGGCAGGCUCUUGGUUGGAUGAGGAGGAGGCGGCAAAAGAAGGAGACGCUAAUGUGGUGAUGAAUAGCCAAAACUACAGACAAAGGUGUGACCUGUCAAUUGGGAAAUGGGUCUAUGAUCCUUCAUACCCAUUGUACUAUCCAAGUUGCAAUUACCUUAGCUCCAAAGUGAAUUGUUGGCGAAACGGGCGGCCAGAUUCCGAUUAUCAAAGAUGGAAGUGGAAACCAAGCAGCUGCUCUAUCCCUAGGUUCAAUUCAUUGGAUUUUCUUGGAAGGAUGAGGAGGAAAAGGAUCAUGUUCGUUGGAGACUCUAUCAUGAGAAGCCAAUGGGAAUCAUUGGUCUGCAUGGUUGAGGCAGUUCUACCCAAGAGCAGAAAGACCCUGACCUUCCAUGGCCCCUCUAUGGCUUUUCAUGCCUUGGAUUUUGAAGCAUCGAUUGAAUUUUUCUGGGCUCCCUUUCUUGUGGAGCUGAAGGUUGGACCAGGAAAUAGGAGGAUACUGCACUUAGAUUCCAUUGAAGAAAAUGCACGAUACUGGAGGGGAGUGGACAUUCUCGUGUUCGACUCAGCUCACUGGUGGAUACACACCGGCAAAUGGAAAUCGUUUAUGACUGAAUCGGAAUCUAAAUAUGAUUGGGAAAAUAAGAGUAGAUGGGACGUUAUGAUGGAAGGGAACAAAGCCUACACCAGCCUGAACCCAAUGGUCGCAUACCAGAAGGGUCUCUCCACAUGGGCUAGAUGGGUAGACUUGAACCUCAACCCUGAAAGAAAUCGAGUCAUUUUCAGAAGCUUCUCCCCUUUUCAUAAUGGGAGAGAUGGAGGCAAAUGCUACCACCAGCAGAAACCCUUGCAGAAGUUCCAGCCGCGGCAUCGCUUGCCAGUAGAACUCCUAGUGCAACAACAAGUGAUGAAGACGAUGAGGUUUCCAGUACAUCUCCAAGAGAUCUCCACGAUGUCGGCGCUGCGCCGAGAUGGGCAUCCUUCGCUAUACACUCACGUGCUGAGUGAGGAAGAAAGACAGCACGUUAACCUCCAUGGCCUGGAUUGCAGCCAUUGGUGCCUGCCUGGUGUGCCUGACAUAUGGAAUGAAAUGUUGUACGCAUAUUUAUUAGGUUGAUCUGUUCAGGAGUUUCCUCUGUCAACCAGCGCCUUUUGUCUAAGAAGCUUUCGUGUCUGCUACUGCGAAUAAAUUUGUGACAAACAGCCAUAGCAUUCUGUAGCUUAGCACUUCUUGUAUUUGGUUUGUACUUGGUUCAGAUAUAUAUAUACAUCUAAUUUACAUGAGCAA